AGCUCCAGAGGCUCCAAGGGGAGAGGAGAAGAUCUGCUGCUGACGGAGAGGAAGGACCUUAGUCCUACACACCCGGACCGAGCACCAAAAAGCCUCCCAGAACUGGACCGGACAGAACCGGGAGCCGGUUCCGUUCGGACCUUUGGCUCCGAGCCGCUGUUAUCUUUGGAUCUUCGGCAGGGACGAACGGGAAUGGGUCGGCCGAGGAAGAAACCCUCCCGUGGGUGUUCGGAGUAAAGCUGCCCGGGUGGAGACCUCCCGAGGGCGGGAGAGGAGACUCUGAGGGGGAGGACGGAGUUCUGAGGAGGACGACUCGGUUCCGAAAAGGAGGAGAAGAUGAAGAUGGGAGGAGGAGGAGGAGGAGGAGAAGCGGGGCUGGUGGAGCUCUGCGGGAUCCUGCUGCUGCUGAGCGGAGCGUGUCACUGUGGAGACUCUCAGCAGACGGAGCAUCUUUCCUCGUACCAGCUGACUGUCCCUCGGCCAAUAGGAGGCAGGCUGAGGAGGGACGCUGAAGGAAGACCGCCCAGUCAGGUUUCCUUCAUCGUUCCUGUGGAUGGAGACGAUCUCCUGGUUCACCUGGAGAGAAAUGAGCUGCUGCUGCCGGCAGACUUCACCGUCUUCACCUACCGGCCCGACGGAACCCUGCUCACAUCCAGACCACCUGUGCAGGACCACUGCCACUAUCGGGGCUUCGUUCAGGACGUGGAGGGUUCUGCCGUGGCGAUGAGCAUCUGCGGCGGCCUCAGAGGAGUGUUGCAUCUGACUAACGACAGCUACGGCAUCGAGCCGCUAAACUCUGCCCCCGAGCAGCACCUGCUGUACCGCCUACAGGAUGUGACAUCACAGCCCCGGGGAUGUGGAACGCCUCACCAUGCGCACGAGCACGGCAACGCUACGGAGCAUGCUCAGUACGACCCAGAACAGAUCCACCCCAGGCGGCACAGCAGGGUAAAGAGAGCUGUUCUCCAUAAGACUCAUUAUGUGGAGCUGCUGCUGGUGGUCGACAACGACAGAUACAAACACAAGAACGGGAACGAGACGGCCGUCAGAGAGGAGAUGGUCCACCUGGCUAACUUCGUAGACAGUAUCUACAUGCAGCUGAACGUCCGGGUGGUCCUGGUCGGCCUGGAGAUCUGGACCAAGCAGAACAUGAUCAACACGGACGGCGGCGCCGGAGAGGUGCUGAGCCGCUUCACUCAGUGGAGGGAGAAGGAGCUGGUCCCUCGGCGGCGCCACGACUCGGCUCAGCUCAUCCUGAUGAAGAGCUUUGGCGUAACGGCAGGAAUGGCGUACGUCUCCACCGUCUGCUCCAGGAGUCACGGAGGAGGAAUCAAUGCGUUCCUCAACAACAACGUUCCCUUGUUCGCCUCCAUCGUGGCUCAUGAGCUCGGACACAACCUCGGGAUGAACCACGACGACGGCCGCUCCUGCACCUGCCCCACCGCCGCCUGCAUCAUGCACUCCGGCGCCACAGGAUCGAAAAACUUCAGCAGCUGCAGCGCCGACGACUUUGAGAAGAUGAUCCUGUCGACAGGAGGGACGUGUCUGCUGAACGUGCCUCGGCCCGACGAGGCCUACAGCGCCCCCUACUGUGGGAACCGGCUGGUGGACGUCGGGGAGGAGUGCGACUGUGGAUCAGAGAAGGAGUGUGAGGAGGACCCAUGCUGUGAAUACCGGACGUGCAAACUGAGGCCAGGAGCUCAGUGUGCGUACGGAGAGUGCUGCUCCGGCUGUCAGUUCCUGCCAGGGGGAACGGUGUGCCGCGCCAGGAAGGACGAGUGUGACCUACCGGAGUACUGCAACGGCUCCACCUCCUUCUGCCAGAGUGACGUCUUCGUCCAGAACGGGCACCCCUGCAGGAAGCGGCAGGCCUACUGUUACAACGGGAGGUGCCAGCACCACGACGGACAGUGCCGGGCCCUGUUCGGAUCCAAGGCCACCGCCGCCCCCGACAUGUGCUUCAAGGACGUGAACAGCAAAGGAGAUCGCUUCGGCAACUGUGGAUACCAACACUACGGCUACAAGAAGUGUGAGAGCAGGAACGCGCUGUGCGGGAAGCUGCAGUGCCUGAACGUCGAGGAGGGGACGGUGUUCGGCAUCCUGCCCGCCAUCAUCACCACGCCCAUCAGCGGCGGCAGGUGUUUCGGAGUCGACUUCAUGCUGGGCUCGGACGUCCCCGACCCGGGAAUGGUGAACGAAGGAACCAAGUGUGGAGAGAAUAAGGUGUGCAUGAACUUUGAGUGUCGCGACGUCAACGUCCUGAGCUACGACUGUGACGUGGAGAAUAAGUGCCAUGGACACGGGGUGUGUAACAGUAACAGGAACUGCCACUGCGACGACGGCUGGGCGGCGCCGUCCUGCGAGCUCUCAGGCUACGGAGGCAGCGUGGACAGCGGACCCACCUGGAACGAUAAGGACACGUCUCUGAGGGACGGCAUGCUGAUCUUCUUCUUCCUCGUUCUUCCUCUGCUCGCUCUGGGAGCGUUUAUUUUCCUGCGCCGCAACGAGCUGCUGCGACGACUCGGACUGAGCCGCAGGAAGAGGUCCCAGGCGUACCAGGCUGACGGAGCAGCUUCGACCAAUCCCAGCAGAGCUCCGCCUCCCAGAGCGCAGCCCCCACCUGUUGGCAACGCGAACGGCAUCGUCAGAGACGGGACGCACGCUCAGCUGCUGCCGCCACAGAAGUUGGUGGAGACCAACAGGACAGCUUUGUCCUUCACUGCAAGGCCGCCUCCUCCUCCUCUAAAACCGAAACCUUCUGCUGCAUCUCAGCCUCUGGUGCCUCAAAGACCCGCACCUGCUCCACCUGUUUAACCCAUUAAGGUGCUUCCCUCUCCCCACCCACCCUCUUCCUCCUGAGCCGCUCACCUGAGCUGGUUCACUAGCAACAUCCAGGGAAGGAUCUGUGAGCGGAGAUGGUGACCAGCCAACCUGGAGGUGUGUGUCAGAACUGGACUCAGACGGGACUAAGAGACGCAGCGGCACUGAACUGAAGCAGCUGCUCCUUUUUUUAUUUCUCCUUACCUAUUAGGUGACUUCAGCUGUAACCAAACCAGCCAAUCAGAUCUCAAAGUAAUAAUCCUGCUAAAGUGAAUACACACAGUUCGUGAUCCUGCAGUGAAAAUGACCUCAUAACAUAUUUACAUCAGUUUUUAUUGGCUGUGGAGAUGACGCUCUGUUUGAAUGGCUCACUCACUCAUUAUACUGCGUCCAUCAUAUUGAAGUAGCAGAUAGGAUUUUACACUUUAAAUACUACUGAAGUAUUUACCUGUGUUCCCAGUAUUCCCAGUUACACCCUAGCAGGAAACACUGGACUACCUCUGAGGUGCUGGUCAACAGUGUUUUGCUGUUUUUCACUUAAAAUGCAAUAAAAUCACACCUUAUGCCUUCAUAAAAUGUACUUUAAGUUUUGUGACACAGAUUUGAUUGUGCCAUAUCUACCCACGAAAACACGGCUUGCCAUUGUUACCAUAUCACAACCUUUAAUAAACAAAACAUAUUAACAUUACCCAUAGAGAUGUCAUACCUAAAAACUGGAUUUCUAGCCUUUUAGGCUGUGAAAUAAAAAAACUAGGACUUUGUUGGAACUUGUCUCACAUCUUAAAUUGCAAUUUAUAAUAUAGAGUGGAUGUGGCUAUUGUUAAAUUUAAACAGCAUAAUUCUUAAGUAUUGUUUUUUACUUUUUCCUAAUAUUCUCUCAAAUCCUUAUAUUACUAUAUUUAGUUGUGUUAGCAGGAAAUGCUAAUGUUAGCACGCUACCUUAACAUGCUCCUUUAAAUCCAUGUCUAACAGUGUCUAACAAACUGUAUUUAAAAAUUUAAAACCAAGGCUUUAAAUACUGUUUGAGUUUUUUAUAGAUAUUACUAAAAAUGUAUAAUCUAUUAGCUCUGCUAAGCUUCCAAAUCUUGUCUGAAAUAAAUUAGCUGCCGUUUGUGGACGUUAGUGUUAGCAUGCUAACAUUAGUAUUAGCAUGUACUGACCAAGCAGCAGUGAAUUAAACUUAAUGACUAAAGUUUCAGCAAAUGUUUCAGCACUUGUAUCGAUAUGUAUUAUUAACAAUAAUGACUCAUUGUUAAAUCAAUUAAUAAUUUUUAAAAUCUUAUCAGGAAAUCUAAAAUGUUUGUGCAUUUAGUGGUAACAUGAUAUAUUUAGCAGAAGCAUCUUCUACUUUGGCAGCAGUGCAUUAAGACCUGUUGACAUAUAUUUUACAUAUUUCUCAGAAUUUUUCGCUAUCUGUCAAAUUAGUCUUAAAAUCUCACUGCUUGGUUGAGGACGUGAGCAUUAAGUGAUAGCAUGCUAAUGUUAGCAUUAAUGUGGCAAGCUCUGCUGAAGCUGCGAUGUGUUACUGCUGAAAUCAAUGGUCAUAAAUAGUUUUUAGCAUCAACAAGCUGAUGUUAAGCCAGACUAGUGCCAGAAACAACAAAAACAACAGAACUUGUAAUCAAUCUAUUAAACCGGCUACUGUGCGCCAGUCAGAAAAUCACAAUAAUAUCUGUGGACGUUAGCAUCAGCUUUCAGGUAUUAGCAUAUGCGAGCUCCAUUCAGAUGGCAGUUUACUAUUGUGCUUUAUGGUGUAUUUUCAGAUAACACAUGAAACUGUUUAGUGCGCUAAUCAGUGGAUAAAACAUUACCGUUAAUCCAGAUGUUGUCCAUUGAGACGGCUUUGCUUAGUUUGGUUUUAGCUCCGCUGACUGGUCACCUUUCUGCUCUGCUUCAUUUGUUUCUUACAUCCAAAAAUAGCAUUCCAGGAGUAUUUGAUCCAUUCACAUCAUGAAGAUAAAUGUAAAGUGUUAGAAGCCAAAGCAAACUUUAGAAAUCCUGGAAAUGCUCAAAGGCUUGUUUCCAUCACCAUGUGACGGGUAAAGAAGCUAGUUUGUGUUGUGUGUCAGUAGGUGGCGCUGCAGGCUACAGUACACAAUCUUCCUGGUUUAAAUAACGUGGAACACGUUUGACAAUAAAAGGAACGUGUUUUUCUAAUCACAUUUACUUCAUGUCCGAAAAAUGAGGUUAACCUGUAAAGUCGCUCUGAUUGGCUGGUUUGUGGUUACAGGAGGCGGAGCCUUCACCUGGUGUCUUUGAUCCUUCUGCUUUCUAAUAAAAGAGGUGGCGAUGUACUGGACUGCACCUCUGCUCAGCACUGUCAUAGGAAUGUAUCGCACCCUCAAAGCGGCCGUGUGGAGGUGCGUCUGGGUCCCCCCCCACUUCCCACCCCCCACCCAGCACCACCCGGCUUACUCAGUCCUCUCCCAGUAUGCAACAGGGCUCCUGUGACUCCUAGUUUUACACGUGUGGUACGUGGCGUCUGCGCCGGGACUUUGUGUUUUAUGUGGUUUCGUCGUAAAAAAAAAA